CGGAGGACCAAUGCCAUCAUUUUCGCCUAAAGAAUUUGACAACCAGAAAAGAAGAAAAAACCAGAUUCUAGUCUAUAAUAACCCAAACAAUGUCAAACCUUCAAAUUAAUUUCUAGCAGCCUUGGGCCUCUCCAAGGUGUAAUUUUCAACACAAAUUCUUCUUUGUUUCCAAAAUGCAGGCCUCUGGCUGCUGCUGUUUGUUAAUUCUUUCUCUCUUUUUAUUUUCUUCAUCAACUUUCGCUCUUUCUGAUGCUCAAGCCUCAUUUAUAAGUCGUCGUCAGCUCCUCACUCUUCCUGAGAAUGGAGAUUUGCCCGACGAUUAUGAAUUCCAAGUGGAACUCAAUUUGACAUUUCCAAGCUCUAGGCUUCGUAGAGCAUACAUUGCUCUUCAGGCUUUGAAGAAAGCUAUCUUUUCGGAUCCUUUUAAUACCACAGCAAAUUGGGAAGGCCCUGAUGUUUGUUCAUAUAAUGGGGUGUUUUGCGCACCAGCAUUGGAUGAUCCUAGCUUGAAUGUUGUAGCUGGUUUGGAUGUUAAUGGUGCUGAUCUUGCUGGUUUCCUUCCUGUUGAACUUGGUCUUUUGACUGAUCUUGCCCUAUUCCACAUUAAUUCUAACAGAUUUUGUGGAAUUGUACCAAAGAGCAUCUCAAGAUUGACUCUUCUUUACGAGCUCGAUGUCAGUAACAACAGAUUUGUGGGUCCUUUCCCUAAGGUGGUUAUGUCGAUCCCAGAACUCAAAUAUCUGGAUCUUAGAUAUAACGAUUUCGAGGGAUGCGUGCCCGAUGAAUUGUUCAACAAGGAGUUGGAUGCAUUGUUCUUGAACAACAACAGGUUUGAAGGUAAAUUACCUGAGAAUAUGGGCAACUCUCCUGUUUCAGUUUUGGUUUUAGCGAAUAACAAAUUCAGUGGCUGCAUUCCAAAGAGUAUAGGUAAGAUGGUUACAUUGGAAGAGAUUAACUUUUUGAGCAACAACUUGACUGGGUGUUUGCCGGUUGAAGCUGGCGCCCUAAAGAAUUUAACUGUUCUCUCUGUGGCUUCAAACAAGUUGGUUGGGAGCUUACCAGAAUGUUUUUCUGGUUUGAAGAAUGUGGAGGAGUUGGAUGUAUCAGAAAAUGAGUUGACAGGUAAUGUUCCUGGGGCUAUUUGCAAGUUGCAAAACUUGAGAAACUUCACAUUUUCAGACAACUAUUUCAAGAAUGAGGCACCUGAAUGUGUUCCGGCUUCCAACAAUGAUGGUGAUGUUGUGAUUUUUGAUGGUGAUGUUGUGAUUUUUGACGAUAGCAAUAACUGCUUAUCCAGCAGACCUAAACAGAAGGAUUCAAGCACUUGUAAGCCAAUUGUUGACAGAGUUGUUGAUUGCAGCAAGUUCGACUGCAGUGGUGUUGGAUCACCUGCACCUUCGACCCCUUCCACCCCAGCAACACCUUCAACUCGUCAGUCCCCAGUUACUCAAACCCCUAAGGCGCCAUCUACACCUAAGACACCCUCAACACCUAAGCAUUCAACGGAAAAGACGGCUUCGCCUACGCCAUCAUCGCCUACACCCAAACCAAAGGCACAAUCUCCCCCAUCACCAACACCUGCACCUUCCACACCAAAAGCACAGCCCCCUCCAUCACCAACUCCAACGCCUUCCACGCCGAAGACGCAGCCUCCAUCUACACCUUCUACACCAAAACCACAACCCCCUCCAUCACCGACCGCAACACCUUCAACACCAAAGUCGCAGCCUCCAUCUGCACCUUCUGCACCAAAAUCACAACCCCCUCCAUCAUCAACCCCAACACCUUCGACACCAAAGGCCCAACCUCCUUCAUCCCCAACACCAUCACCGUCUGAAACAUCCCCAGUACAUAGGGUCUCCCCACCACCAUCACAACCGGCUAAGUCACAUUCUCCCACACCAUCCGGGUCAAGAACAUCUCCUGUAAAACAUGUUCACUCCCCACCCCCUCCGGUUCACUCACCACCCCCUCCCGUCCACUCUCCUCCACCACCACCUGUCCAUUCUCCACCACCACCCAUCUCUUCACAAGUUCUUGUGUUUUUGGUGGGCAAUGUUUUUAUCAGUUCUACUUCCUUGCAUAUUCCAUCAAAUCCUAGUCACGGGUUCUUGUUAAUUGCAGCCUCAUCAGUAUGA